CUCUCUCUCUCCCCUCUCUCUCUCUCUCUCUCUCUCUCUCUCCACUCAGGAAGCCCGAGGCAGAACUUGGCGCGGCCGUCAAGCGCGGGGCCCGUCAAGCGCGUCGCCUGUCGCAAAAAAACAAACAAACCCGCCGCGCGGGCCCUUAGCAACGGCCCGGCGGCCUAGCAACGCGUGCUUUCCCCUCAGCAUGGCCGAGCCGGGCGGAAAGGCCCGCGGCGCUUCGUCGGCCGAGCUCGGCCAGGCGGUGUCGCGGCAGCUGUCCGGGCUGCAGGAAGAGUCGCGGUCGGCGCGGCUGCGGGCGCUGGGCGCGCUGCGGGCCUUGCUGGCGGAAGGGCCUCCGCCGGCGGUGCGCGAGGUCUUCGGGCCGGCGCUGCUGCGGCCGCUGACGCGCUGCCUGGCGGGCGACCCUGCCGAGCGGUGCCGCGAGCUGGCGCUGGAGCUGCUCCGGCUGGGCCUGGCCCAGGGCGCCCACCCGAGCGAGGCGCUGCCCGUGCUGAUGCCGGCGCUGGCCCAGCGGCUCGCUCUGCCCCAGGGCCCCAGCGAGGCCUGCGAGGAGCUCCGCCUCGGCCUCCUGCAGCUGCUCACCGAGCUCCUCCGCCGCUGCGACCGGAGCGCCCUGGCGCCCUUCCUACCCGAGGCGGUGGGCGUCCUCCGGGCCGCCCUGCUGGACCCCUUCCCGCCCGCCAAGCGGGAGGGAUGCCAGGCGGCCUCCGCAGCCGCCGCCGCCCUGCCAGAUCAUUUUCACCUGCAGUCGGAAAGCUUGAUCAGUCCCUUAAUGCAGGCCAUUUCCCACCAGCACUAUAAGGUCCGCGUUGCUGUCAUUCAUGCCACAGGGUCUGUGAUCCAAUUCGGCAACGUCAAAUCGCUGGAUGAUGUGCUUUCUCACCUCGCCCAGCGAUGUUUUGAUGACAUCCCACAGGUCAGAGAGGCUGUUAUCAGCGUAGUUGGUGAAUGGCUGUUGCACCUGCGGGAUCGCUAUUCCUAUUUCCAUAAAUUGAUCCCUCUCUUACUCAGUGGCCUGACUGAUGAAAUGCAUGAGAAUAAGGAGCUGGCGUUAACCUACUGGAAGAAAGUGGGGUUGCAGUGGGAAAAAGAAAAUGAAGACGAUAUUAAGGAUAAACAGGAUUUUUAUUCUGAGCCUUCUUAUUAUCCACCAGGACUAACUCGUCCAGAUCUGGGAUGUCGAGAGCUGGUAACCAGAAACAUCUUCAAAAUACUUCCCGGCCUCUGCCACGACAUCACCGACUGGGUCGCAGGCACCCGAGUAAAGGCAUCCCAGCUCCUGUUUAUAUUGUUACAGCACGCGGAGGACCAUAUCACGCAACACAUGGAACUCCUCCUGCGGACCUUGUACCGCGUGUGCUCCGAUGAAGAAAGCAGCGUGGUUAGCAACUGUUUGAAAGCAACCCAGCUGAUUGGCGCUUUUGUCAGCCCAGAUAUCUCGCUGAAAUUAAUCCUGUCCGAUCUUGAAAGGGCACCGAUGGCGUCUUACCUCGCUAUCCUGGCGGCGGUUAUCCGGGGAUCUCCCCGCAAAGUUUUACAACCUCACCUGGUGUCCCUUGGCAACGCGCUCUGCAACCCUGAGGUCAGCCAGCGGACUGAAGAGGUUUUUUACCUGGAGCAGCUGCUUUGCUGUGUGGAAAAUCUCGUUGAGCUGUGCCAGGAAGACUGCAAAGAAAUAAGCCUCCAGCUCACCAAGGUUUUGGUGACCAUCAUGGCAAUACCAACCGCUGGGCAUUUACAUGUAAAGUUGGAGGAAGCGAUGAGUGCCUUGGCUGAGGUCCAGCACUUUCGGGAUGCCACCGGCUUAUACAAGCAGCACAUAUCUCAGCUGAUGGAAUGGCUGUCCUCGACUCACCACGGCUGGAGCUCCUGCUCACCCGAACUCCUGCAGCUGGACGUAAUUGCUACUCAGUCAGGUGAGAAGAUUGGAAGCGGGCAGGGAUUGAACCUCCCUACCCUGGGAUUCAUGGACCAAGAGAUGCGAAGGCAGCUUUCUUUAUCUAUUUCAGGAGCCCACCACGGACUUCCCCGCGUAGCUGCUGGCCGGGCCCUGGAUGUCAUGGGACCCCGUGACUGCGUUUCGGGAUCCCCGUAA